AUGGCGGCAGCGGCGGGGGCCCCCGGGCGGCCCUGCCCCUUCUCCAUCGAGCACAUCCUCUCCAGCCUGCCCGAGCGGAGCCUCCCGGCCCGGGCCGCCUGCCCACCGCAGCCCGCCGGUGGCCAGAGCCCCACCGAACCAGAGGAGCCCGGGGCGCCAGAGGCUGCGCCCUGCGCCUGCUGUUGCUGCUGCAGCCCCCGCGCGGGGCCCUGCGGGUCCCCAGAGGCGGCAGCCGGGCUGAACGCUCGUCUGGCGUGGCCGCUGAGGCUGGGACCCGCGGUGCCCUUGUCCCUGGGUGCGCCAGCUGGAGGUUCCCGGGCGCUCCCGGGCCCGGUCGGCCCGGGUUCGCAGCGGCGCACGCGGCGCCACCGCACCAUCUUCAGCGAGGAGCAGUUGCAGGCGCUCGAGGCGCUCUUCGUGCAGAACCAGUAUCCUGACGUGAGCACGCGCGAGCGCCUGGCCGGCCGCAUCCGCCUUCGCGAGGAGCGCGUGGAGGUCUGGUUCAAGAACCGCCGGGCCAAAUGGCGACACCAGAAGCGCGCGUCGGCUUCCGCGAGGCUCCUGCCCGGCGUCAAGAAGUCCUCCAAGGGGAGCUGCUGAUGACUCUAGGAGCUGCCCCUGGGCUCGGCCACCCUUUUUGGGGUCUUUGGAGUUGGCCCUGGGAGAAGACAGAUCUACCCGAAAAGGAACUGGGAGAGUAUACCCGUCUGCUCCGCCCGUCUCCACAGCCCUUGCUUCCUGCAGCUUGUACCCUAAAGACAGCUGUACCCUAAACACUCCUCGCUGGGAAGGAAGGACCCCAGCCCAGGGCCCCUGGUGCAUGGUGUUCCACGGUAGUGGGAGUGGGGAGUCCCUUGGGGGGUGGGCUGGGGCAUAGAGCAGCUUCCUCACCCCCUCAUCACCCCAGGAGACACUAACUCCACCCCAGGAGGAGAACCACUCCGUAUCAACACUGGACCCAGAAUCCUCCGCAGCGGAGCCUCUCUCCGCACCCUGGGACAUGCUGGCCUCCCUCUUCUCAAUGUGAACAUUGACCCAACUUGACCUGGCCCGCCCUCCCGCAGCGGGAAGCGGGGUGGGGUUCGUGUCUGUACAGUCCUGGGGUUGCAGGCUUCCCAGGCCCUGGGCUGACUCUUGGUAUCUGGACCUGUAGGAUAAGAAGGUCGCAGGAGCGAUUCCAGGAGCCCCUCCCCAGUCCCUUCACCUUCACCUUCGAGCCUCGCGCUGAUACUGAGAAACAAGCAACUUCAGAUACCACAGAAGCCGCCCAGAGUCUAAAGUCCACCUUGGCUCCACCCUCACAACCAACAAGGAGCUGUCCCUUCUUCCUUCCUUCGCAGCGAGGGGAGUUUAGGGUACAGCUGUCUUUGAGAGGAGCACAGCUUUGCGAGGCCUCAGUCUCUGCACCAGGGUGCUCCCCAGCAGAGGAGACUGCUCCAUGGAUGGUGGCCUUGGGCCCCUGGGGUCCAGCCCUGGCCUCUGGGCUACUGUGAACCUGCCCAUGGGUGGGGGUCCCCUGCUUCCUCCUGGGGUUUUCAUGCUGUGGGGUCGGCCUCCCUCACAGCAAUCUCUGCCAUCCUAGGGUAGGGCAAAAGGAGAUUGGAUUGGGGAGACCCCACCCCUGCUGCCUAGGAAGAUGCCUGCCUUCCCCUUCUUUGUCCUGGCCCAUGGCAAAAGGCACCCUGCGAAGAAGCCUUCGAUUCUCCAAGUAGGCCCUACAGUGGGUCCAAAGCAUCUCACAUCCCCUUCAGCUGGCUUGAGCACCUCGCUCUGUCACCUUACAGGCCGUGCAGGAAACGGGGCAGUUCUCCCUGCAGGAAACGAAAUCCAUCUCUAAAAGCAGGACUGCAGAAGCCAGGGCUGCAGCUCCUCGGACACCCCAAGGCUGGCCAGCUUGGAUAACACCAAUCAAGCAUGGUGUCCCCAGUCAGAACUGCCCUGACACUGCUGGGUGUCCCUAGCAUUCCCGCCUCCACCCCUAGCAUGCACACUGCUGGUUGUCACAAAACCCUUCUCCCUGAACCCUGGUCUUGCCCUCGGGGACUGAACAGACGACCUGUGGACAUGCCCGUGUCCUGGUCAGCUCCCUUGCAGGUGGGGACACUCCCAUCUGGCGGGUUCCAGGCCCCUCGCACUCCUUGGUUGAAUGGCCAUCUGUCAUUGUGUCGGGAGCCCUGAUCAGAGCUUGUGGAGCGCCACCUUCCAGGGCUCAGUGGCUGUGUUGCUCUCCUGAAUUUGCUCCUUGAGCUCUAGCUGCUCCUUGGCAGGCUGACCCCCCUCCAGCAGGCUGUUAACAUAGGCAUCCUUCAGGCUCACACCCAGGCGCUCACUUCUCAUCUUCACCCUCUCCCCGGUUUAUCUUUUACCCUCGGACUCCAGUUCCCAUCUUUCUGCCACAUUUACAUCUCAAGCUCAGGCCCUUCCCCUGAGCCAGGUAUUUAUCUCCAGCUGUCUGCUUGAAGCCCACAGACUCCUUAAGGUCACCUUGUCCACAGUGAGCUCUUCUGUGCAAACCAGGCACAUGAGCCAAAGAGCCAGCAGUCACUGGACCCCUCCUUCUCCUGAUCAUCCACUAUACCCAGGCUGACAGGAAGUCAAUUUUACUGUUUAUCAAUAAAUUCCAGAAUCUCUUCA